UGCUUACUGGAGUUCCCACCCAGCAUUCUCAUUCCCUGCUUGAAAGGCCUGGGGAAGCUGCAGUGGUUGGGAUGUCCCACUUGUAUGAGUGUCCCCUGCGGCUGGAGAAGGGCUUUAUCUUGGAUGGGGUGGCCGUGAGCAGCGUGGCCCGUGCUUAUGAUCGCACAAGGCCCAAGCUUUGGUCUGCGAUCCCACCCUACAAUGCCCAGCAGGACUACCACGCACGUCGCUACUUCCAGAGCCACGUGGUUCCGCCCAUUUUGCGCAAAACCCAUCAGGAUCAUGGCGGUACAGGACGCGAUGGCUGGGUAGUUGAUUAUUUCCAUAUCUUCGGACAAGGACAGCGAUACCUUAACAGGAGAAACUGGGCAGGGGCAGGCAAGUGUCACCUUGCUUUCCUGCCUCACUCCGUAGACCCACAAUUUGGAGAGAAGAAGCUGGGCUGCAGAGAGGCCCAUCUGGGGAAGGAUGCCCCAGGAGUAGUUUCUCUUGGGUUGGGGAAACUGAGGCAUAAUGACUCCAAAGGGAUCUGCUAAGAAGAGCUGAGCUGAGGUUGAAAUUGCCACUCCUUCUCCCACCCAACUCCUCCUCCCUUCAACCCCCAUCCAGUCACAUCACAGGACCUCCUGGGCCACAGAAUUUGAUGUCAUCCAUUUUCUCCAGAUGCCUCAGAGGCAGUAGAGAUGAUUUUCAACAUUUUCUGAAAACAAAUUCAGCCACACCCCCAAAGUUUCUGAAACCUCCUGUCCCAGCAUGUCACAUCACAGAUCCUUCCACUGCAAAGCCUGCUACGGGCUUAAUUUCUAGGAAACCUCUUAUUUUCUUGGCCUCACCAGCCUGUGGUGUCAAGAGCCAAGAGGUGCAGAAUUUCUGAGGAUUGAGUGCUUAGCUGUGGCUGUUGGGAGCUUGGCUGAACUCCCAUCCCAGGUGCAUGGGAGAAGGGCCAGGUGUAGCAGACUCAUGCCUCUCUCUUCUCUCUCUCUCUCCAC